CGGAAAAUGCGAAAACAGAAGGCCGGCCGCUGUCAUGCGUCCGUACCGUCGAGCGCCGACAUAAUGAGCCAUGAGCGUCAAUUUUAUGGAUGCCAGCAAGCUUGACUCGGCCGCGGCGUUCCGGCCGUUCAACGCCAACCGCGCCGUCUCCGGGAUGUACCCCUUCGUCUCGCUGCCCAGUGGGCCCUACUAUGACCUGGGCAAGACGUGUCGUCAUCCCGCGCCAGGAGACGUUUCGGCCGUCGCUGCAGCCGCGAGUUACGCGGCGGCCUUUGGUUUCGGAAGUCCCGCCACGUCGACUGCAGCACCGUCAGCACCACUAGUGGGACCACCUUCGUUUCUAGCGGCAGCAGCGAGUGCGACGGAGUUGAACUAUCCGAUUGCGACGUGUCCUCGUCUCAAUAUCCGGCCCGAAGAUGCCCUCGGCGACGUUCCGCGCUAUCCGUGGAUGGCCUUUGCAGGGUCGGCGUUUCGUGCAGCAGCACAAAAGCUACACCACCGAGUUGAAGAUUAUCCGCACCCUUUCAACCUAUUUGGAGCAGGACCCAAUGGUUGCCCUAGGCGACGUGGACGACAGACCUACACGCGGUACCAGACACUGGAGCUGGAGAAAGAGUUCCACUUUAAUCACUAUCUAACACGGCGUAGAAGAAUCGAGAUCGCACACGCACUGUGCCUUACGGAACGCCAAAUCAAGAUCUGGUUCCAGAAUCGGCGCAUGAAGCUGAAGAAAGAGCUUCGAGCCGUCAAAGAAAUCAACGAGCAGGCCAGACUGCACGCCAAGCGUUCCGAAAAGUGUUCCGACGAGGACGGCAGCUUGAAAUCUUCAAUAGCAACGAGCGAAAGCAACGUAACGGAGCUUGACAGGGAUGAAAAUUCGGGUAGCGACAAAGAAGAGGAAGACCUCGACCCAAGCGACCAUAUAGUCCAAACCCGAACGGACAAUGUCCAUGUAGACGUGGAAUCUCAGCUUUGCACCAGUCAAGAUCGUGUCUGACGACGGGACAUUUCGUUGACGCGGUUUCUGCAAAUGCCAACGCAAGUUCCUUUGCGAAAACAUGAUCGCCUAGUGGAAAAGGUGUGGCUUAUCCGUCCGCCGAUAUAUUCGUACCCUCUUGGAUCUCUUCGCUACGUUGUGGUUUGCCCUGGAAUGUGUGAGAAUACAUGUGUGUGGUUAUGUCGGAUUUGUCGUGAAGAUGCAAUAACGAUGCUAUUACCUUAUUGACAUAUGUGGCUAUUAUCGCUUUCACAGUGCUCGACACUUCAGGCUUAGUAUAUCACUCUUUUGUGGAAGGUUUUGGAGAGGUGGACAAGUGAGUAAUAGGUGGAGUUGUGUCAGGGGGUUCAUGUUGGACAGACACGCUGCGAACGAGCGUAAGCAAACACUGCAAGUGAGCUUACCGAGAAAUUACCGAAACACUCAAAAAAUAAAAAAAAAGCAUCGUCAUUCCAUAUCAAUAAUAUGUAUACGGCUUAUAUGCACCGAAUCCAUGAAAAGCCACGUUUUCAUUUUGCCUUCCUGCCUUCUGUUGUGGCAACGAGCGGAUAUAAACGAUGGGAUUGGAUCAAAGCGAAUGAAAAACAAAAACAAAAAACUAUGCCCACGCUGCCGUUCUGAAGAGUUUCCCAAUCGACACUUCGAUUAUUUUUUGGUGGUGCUGGGCCAUGAAGAAUAAAGUACCGAUACGUAUUGCAACACAUUUAUCACUUGCUGUCCACCUCAGUUUCUUGUUUAGCGAUUGAUACGUUGACAUGGUCAUCUGUUUAACACAUCACAGCGUGUGAUAUUGCAACCAAUUUAAUUUACGCUAUCAGUUUAUCAGUAACCAGUAAGACGGGGUCCAACAGUGUCUUAUAAUAUAAAAGAGCAAUAUAUUUAAUACCAUACGUGCGGUUAAUAAACAAAAUUAGUGGUAUAAUAAUUACGCUCGAAAAAAUACGAUGACUUGAAGGUACAGAGACGCCUUAGGAACCGCAUUAUAAUAUUUGAGACCGUCAUAGAAAUGUUCUAGUGCAACAUCUGUGUUUGUACACGUCACGUUGAGUCUUGUCUUUUCGUGUGUUUUUUUUCGUUACUUUUGCGGUGACACAGACAGAAAGCACAAGCAAGUGUAUGGGUGUGCAUUUAUGUGUUGUCGUCACAUACGCAUAUACGUAUGUCCUAUACGUAUCAUAAAGUACGUGGUCUGGUGCUUUAUAUGUCAUUAACGCUUGUAUACGUAAAUGACCCUGUACGUACAAAACGCACCUUUCACGUUUUGUUUUCUGCUGUUGUGUUUGUUGUGUACGUUUUCAUCUGUAUCGUGCAACCACGAACUGGGCCAUGACGUGGCGAGAAUGAAGGAGACGUGCAUGUUUGUUAGUUUGGAUCUGAACUGUGCAAUAAUGUUAUUUUCAAGGAACGGUGCAAAAUUAUGUUGUUAUUAUGGAGUUGGCUGUACAAUAUUAAUUUUGUUACACGUGGUAGAAGUACAAAAAGACAAAAACAAAACAAAAGCGGACACACCGCGCUUGUAACCACCUCGCGCUCCACUCAACUUGAAUAUAUGUCGAUCUUUAAGAACUGAAUACGCUGCUGUUAUUUCUAAAGCUAGCAAUAGUCAACGAGCGAACACGGGUGAAAUAAUGUUCAGCUUUGAUUUCACACGAUCAGAUACAUUUACUUGCACGUUCGUAUCUGGGGCAAUAUACCUCAAGGAGAACUAAUACCUAUAGCAUCGCCAAUGGAGCUGGUGUAGUUGUCGAGUAUGAAACUACGCGGGUCAGUAACUGUCAUUAGAACCAUGCAUUUGUUACAUUUAUUACAAUCAUAAAAAAUAUUUUCUCGAAACUACGCCGUUUUUCGUUGUCAUGAGAGACAGCGUCGAGUACACACCACACAUGAACACAGUCUGUUGUUCGCACACAGAGAACAAAAGAGGAUGAAUGCAUUCGUCAAGACCAAGAAAAGCCUUCAAUGUCUGACCCUUUUGUAAACGUGACGUAUCCAUGUUCCGCCUGUCUCGAUGUAUGCCAAAGUUGCAUACUUUGGCCCGUAAGUAAUGGCCGUGGUGGCGCCCGUGCGUCUCGCCUCUGAAGCGGCACAGUGGAAUUUCCAACAACAGAAUGUGGGCCCGUAAAUAAUAUCAUUACGACAUCGGUGACGUCUCUGCCGGCGUUUCGCAUACCCGUUGCCAAGAUGAAAAGGGGACUAUUAACUACAUCCACUAUAAUGGACUGACGUUCCGACCGCCUGCAUCGGUGCUGUAUGAGUGUGUAUUGAUAUUUUGAUACACGAUGAACAGCAGUGUGUGCUGGGUGCGAGAUAUUCACUGUGCCAUGCAUCGUGAAAGUAACGCCUUCUGCCAUAGCAAUUUUAUGUAAAGGAUUUUAUUGACUACCACUGGAAAAGUUAGGGGAAAUGGCAUAAAUCUGAAUGAGACGAAUUCCUCACCUGUCACCACGUUGAGCUUGUCACAUCCUCCACUUUACUACACGCCACACUACACGCAGUGCUACUCGGAUCUAAGUAAUAUUUGCUCUUGUGCUAUACAGCAAUGAUCAAAAGACACCUUCCCAGCUUGAUAGGACGAUCAGUUUAUGAAGUCGUGACUUUCUUUUUUAUGCAACUUCAGCGUUUCUAUCACGUGGGAAAAUAAAUGGUAGGUAAACAAAGUAUAAAUUUUUAUUUACAAAAUAAAACAAAAUCAAUCAAUAAGGGAAGGAAGGAAAUGACAUAGCCUAAUGCGUUACUGAUACUACUCUGAUAUAGUUGAGAUACAAAAUUUUUACUCUCACGCGCCUAUACAUAACACUAGCAGCUAUCCAGGUAGUAUUUUAUCUAUGCCUUUGUGACUGAUGUGCAUCCUAAAAAAAAUGUGACAAAGUUGUUCCUUCGUUUCAGUAAUCGGUGAAGAUAUUAGCCUUACAGCCGUUUGUGUUCGUUGUUAGUGCAAUUAAGCGCUUAAAUUUAUUAUCUUAUUAAUAAUAAUAAUCUCUAUUAAAUUAAAUUUAUCUUCCACGUUCGGCAAGGGAAAUUAGAAGAAUCGAAGUACAUUCAUAUUUCCGCAACACGCCACACGUAGUGCUUCAUGACAGAUUGCUUUCAUUGUUGUCCACUGCCAUACUUCAUGUGAAUGUCCUGAUCACUGACUGUUGCUCAUCAGUUUCAUUUCCGAGUUCGCAUGCGCAUCAUUUUCAUUCAUUCCCAUACCUCAUACGUAUGUAACGCGUGAAUUUAUUUGUAUUUCCUAUAUUUAUGGUUACGAAAGUGGCGUUAGAUAUUUUUGUUGCAAGUUAUUGCCCGUAUAGAAUUUAGAAGGAUAAUGUGGAACUCUUGGAGUCGUUGACACCAUUACACCACAACCCGAAUGUGCUGCGCUGGCAGAAUAAACUGUGCAUAGUACAACCCA